UCAGGAACACCUCUAUGGUUUAUGACACAGGUUUCUCCUAUCAAGAACGAACACGACCAAGUGGUAUUAAUUAUAUGCACGUUUAAGGAUAUAACAGCUCUAAAGCAGCCGAUAGAGGAUGACUCGGUUAGAGAUGAUGACAAUAGAUGCAGAUGUGUUACCGCAACAUAGACUCGAAGCACUUAAAACACCGCCUCAUAUUAUUUUACACUAUUGCACAUUCAAGACAAUUUGGGAUUGGAUAAUACUUAUGUUAACCUUCUACACAGCCGUAGCAGUGCCUUUAAAUGUGGCCUUUCAGUCGAAAUCACCAGGAGUCUACGUCGUAUUAGUAAUCGACGCAAUUGUAGAUAUAGUUUUUUUCAUAGAUGUAAUAUUGAACUUUCAUACAACAUUUGUCGAACCUGGCGGUGAAGUUGUUUCCGAUCCAAAGAUCAUCCGCAUGAAUUAUCUUAGAUCUUGGUUCAUUAUCGACCUGUUGUCAUGUCUACCGUAUGACGUCAUCAAUGCGUUCGAAGAUACGCGCUACUAUAUGCCACUAUCUUCGGAACAGUUACCACUAUAUUUCAACAGUUUACGUCGGCAACAGUUAGAUAUCAUGAAAAUCUGAAAAAAUGUAAGAGAGUUCAUGAAGCUACACCAGGUGGACAGAGCUCUCAGUGAACGAGUUAUGGACUAUACCGUAUCUACCUGGUCAAUUACAAAGGGAACCGACUCCAGAAAGGUAUGGUAGCCCAUUUAUUAGCUAAUACUAGAAUUAUAUAUUACUAUGUCCGUUUGAACAUCAGAACAGGGCUUUUCCCUAUUGCUCUAAUGAGAAAUGAAGUUGAAAGUGCAACAAAUAUAAAAGUCGUUAAAAGGUAUAAAGUUAAAAAAAAAAAAAAAAAAAAAAAACGGAAAACCAA